AUGAGCAGCAAGGAGCUGACGGUGGGCCCGUCCAACCAGUAUGUGGGGCCCUACCGGCUGGAGAAGACCCUUGGGAAGGGACAGACAGGGCUGGUGAAGUUGGGCGUCCACUGCAUCACGGGACAGAAGGUGGCCAUCAAGAUUGUCAACAGAGAGAAACUCUCCGAAUCGGUCCUAAUGAAGGUGGAGAGAGAAAUAGCUAUUCUUAAACUAAUAGAGCACCCUCACGUUCUGAAGCUGCAUGACGUCUAUGAGAAUAACAAAUACCUGUACCUGGUUUUGGAGCAUGUGUCCGGUGGAGAAUUAUUCGACUACCUGGUGAAGAAGGGCAGGCUGACCCCGAAAGAGGCCAGGAAGUUCUUCAGACAAAUCAUCUCCGCCCUUGACUUCUGCCACAGUCACUCCAUAUGUCACAGAGACCUGAAGCCAGAGAAUCUUCUCCUGGAUGAGAAGAAUAACAUCAGGAUAGCAGACUUCGGCAUGGCCUCGCUACAAGUCGGAGACAGCUUGUUGGAAACCAGUUGUGGAUCCCCACAUUAUGCUUGCCCAGAGGUCAUACGGGGGGAGAAGUAUGAUGGUCGCAGAGCCGAUGUUUGGAGCUGUGGAGUCAUCCUCUUUGCUCUUCUUGUGGGUGCCUUGCCCUUUGACCAUGAUAACCUGCGGCAACUUCUAGAGAAAGUGAAAAGCGGGGUAUUCCACAUGCCCCACUUUAUACCUCCCGACUGUCAAGCUUUGCUAAAAGGAAUGAUAGAAGUCAACCCUGACAAGAGACUCACGCUAGAAGCAAUACAGAAACACCCCUGGUACCAGGGUGGCCGUAAUGAGCCUUGCCCAGAGCAGCCGCCGCCUCGCCGUGUGUGUGUGAAGAGGAUCCUGUCCUUAACAGACCUGGACCCUGAUGUCCUGGAAAGCAUGUACUCCUUAGGGUGCUUCAGAGACCGGGUCAAACUCACACAGGACCUUACAAGUGAGGAGGAGAACCAGGAGAAGAUGAUCUACUACCUCCUGUUGGACAGGAAGGAGCGAUACCCCAGCUGUGAAGAUGAGGAUCUGCCGCCCAGAAACGAACUUGACCCGCCAAGGAAACGCGUGGACUCCCCCAUGCUGACACGUCAUGGUCGCUGUCGUCCUGAGAGGAAGAGCCUAGAGGUCCUCAGUGUAACAGACCAGGGGUCUCCCACCCCACCUCGCAGGGCCCUGGACACUAAUGCACACAGCCAGAGGUCUCGUUCAGUCAGUGGAGCGUCCACAGGUCUGUCCUCCAGUCCUCUCAGCAGUCCCAGGAGCCCGGUCUUCACUUUCAGCCAAUCAGAAGUCAACUCUGCUUCCUCCUCCAAAGACCCCAAACCAGGAAGUGGCACCACGUCUCGGCCCACCCGCCCACCACCCGACCCCAAAACACAGACCCUGCCCUCAAAGGGCCCCACCGAGCGGCCCCAGCUCCACUCCAUGAAGUCCCUCCCCCUCCAGACCCCACGCUCCCCCUCCCCGUCCCCAUCUCCACUGCUCUCCCCCAUCCCACGCUUCUUCAACUUCCCCUCUCCAUCCGUCUUCAAGUCCAAGAACGUCCACACGUCCUCUAACUCCUCUGCCACCCCUCCCCCUGUGUCGCAGGUCACGCCGCAGGGCUCGCCGCUGCCCACCCCGCUGGGCACGCCCGUGCACCAAAUCCACCAUCCUUCCUCCACCACCCCUCCCUCUUCCUCCUCCUCGUCCUCCUCUUCCAGGGCGGACGGGGCUGGCGGGGCCUCGCUGUCGCUGACGCCGCCCUCCAGCCCGGGUGGAAGCGGCGGUAUGGCCGCCUCCAGCUCCGCCCACUGGAGAACGAGGCUCAACUCGUUCAAAAACAACCUCCUGGGCUCGCCACGCUUCCAUCGGCGCAAACUGCAAGUCCCCACCUCAGAGGACAUGUCCAGUUUGACUCCCGAAUCCAGUCCAGAACUGGCUAAGAAGUCCUGGUUCGGUAACUUCAUCAGCCUGGAGAAAGAGGAGCAGAUCUUUGUUAUGAUCCAAGACAAGCCGCUCAGCUCCAUCAAGGCCGACAUCGUCCACGCCUUUCUCUCAAUCCCCUCCCUCAGCCACAGUGUGGUGUCUCAGAACAGUUUCCGGGCAGAGUACAAGUCCUCAGGCGGCCCCUCUGUCUUCCAGAAGCCUGUCAAGUUCCAAGUGGACAUCGCGUUCUCCGAGGGAGAGAGGGAGCGAGAGAGGGAACGAGCGGAGAGGGAAGGAAGACGAGAGAUGGGCAUCUUCAGCGUCACUUUCACUCUAAUAACAGGUCCCAGUCGCAGAUUCAAGAGAGUGGUGGAAACAAUUCAGGCUCAGCUCCUGAGUACUCAUGAUCAGCCUUCUGUGCAGGCACUGGCUGGCCCCUCAGACGAGAAGAACGGCCAGCUUUCCCGUCAGCCCAGCACCCCUUCGCGUCAGAACUCCCGGCGUUCCGAGAGCGGAUCCGAGAGGGAGCGGGGAGAGAAGGAGCGGGCGGCGGACGCUGGCGGCGGUACCGGGAGCGGGAGCUCCCUGCAAAGGGGGGGCUCAGGGAAGGACAAGACCAGACUCCUCUCGUCAACCAACGGGACGCAGUCCCAUCCCUGA